UGUCGCCCUUUCUUUGCAGAGCGCGCGGGUGAAGUACAAACUGUAAACAGCGCCAUUGUUUGGCUAACGUAGCUAUCGGCUUAAAGAAAACUACCCACUCGUCUUUAUGUGGCUAAAUAAGUAUUUUUUAAGUUGAUAUUUAAAAAAACUGUUCAUAUGGAUGCAUCGGGGGGUCAACAGACCUUGAUCAGAUGAGGUAGCAAACGAAAACGAAAUGAUAGUGACCUGUUAACUCGGGUCUCACCGCCGGAAACAGUCGGGUAAUCUCUGAAAGACGGACGAGCAGCUAAUACAGAUGGAGACGGAAUACCCAACCUUGAGAAGACCCAAGAGGAAGCUCUGCUACAUUACAGACAAAGAAAGUCCACCUAAGCACUGGGAAGGUACGCUGACUCUGAAGGAUGUUGACAGAAUGUUUGAUGACUUGGAUUCAGCCUCACAUGCAAAUCUACAGCCCCCCUCUCCUCUGCUCCAGACUUCUGAUUCAGAAAUAAACCAGAAUGAGAGGGAAGGCUCCCCAGCAGUCCCACAAGAGGGACAGCUGAUUGAAAAACUUCAAGGAUAUGAAAUAGGAAAGGGUCCUGAAGGAGAUGUCUUACAUCCUUCAAGUCCUAAAGUGGAUAUUGAUUUGGAUAUCCCUUUUAAAGCACACGGGCCAGUAAAGACUUCUAGUCCAAUUAUACAGAAUAUGGCUGUUGAAGAAGAAGAAAAGCAGGAUAAUGAAAAAGAGCAAGUUGUGUCCCCGAUUCUCUUUGGGUUUGAAGAUGUAGGAUUAGAAGAGCCGAAGAAAGAUCUUCUACCUACCCAGAGUCCCCAGCGUAAUGAACACAUCUCAGAGGAGAAUGAUGAUUCUGCAUUGGAGUCUCCCCCAAGCAAGAUUGCUUUAACAAAGAUGUCUGGCUACAAAGAGAAGACUGAAUCACGAGGCUCUCAAGAAAGCGCACAGCCACCUGUUCAUACAGUGAGCCAAGAGCCUGAAGUUGCAGCUCCUGAGCUAUCCACACAUGUGGGGAAAGAUAUGACAGGUUUUCUGAAGAAACUGAAAGAUGCUGGACUGUCAAAAGCUUCCAGCAGUCAAGAAAGCGCACAGCCACCUGUUCAAACAGUGAGCCACGAGCCUGAAGUCGCAGUGGCUGAGGUAUCCACACGUGUGGGAAAAGAUUUGACAGCUUUUCUGCAGAAACUGAAAGAUGCUGGACAGUCAAAAGUUUCCUGUUCCAGGAAGACAACAGUUAAAGUGCCCACUCCUCCCGAACCAGAGGAUGAUUUCAUGAUCUUGGAAGAUGAUACACCUCUUUGUUUUUCUAUCCCAAGUAAACGUUCCUCGAGUAAGAAACAAAGGCACAGCAAGACUUCCAGCACAGACAAAGACAGCUCAGAAGACAAGAGGACGAAGGAUAGACCACUAGAGACGCCAGGUCAACAGCAGGAAUCAGAAAAAACAAAAGAUAAACUGGAAGGUCAGGCCGUUGAUCGGAAAAUUAAGAAGACUGAGAAAGAGAAGAACAGUGAAAUGACUGGGCCUAGAAAUGAUGAUGAUGAUGAUAAACUGCCCAGUCCUCACCAUGCUCCUGCAGGUGGCUUAUUGGGACGAGAGGAACCAAAGAAAAAGAAACAACAGCUCAAAAAGGCUUCAUCAAGAGAGAGAGACGAGGCAGAAGGUCAGCCUAGAGGCAGAGCCCGUCGGAAAAUAGAAAAAGAAAAACCUAAGAAAACAGAAACAAAAGCAAGUAAGUCUGCUGAAACAAAGAAACCAAAGUCUUCAAAAGAUGUUAAAGAAAAUGCCAAGACACACAGGGCUAACUCAUUAAAAACAACCAGGAAAGGGCUACAGGAGGCUGAUGCUGUUAAGGAUGCUGAUGAGCAGAGCUGUAACAAGUGUGGUGAUACUGAAGACUUCGGUCCUACUGUUGUUUCUUUUUGUCCCUCAGACAAAGAAACUGUGAAUUGUGAAGCAAAUGGAAAGGCCAAACAAAACAACCGUCCAGUUGUUUCUGAAGGGAGUUCAUCUGAAGACUGUCAGGUUCUUGGGAAACGGAAAAGGAAACCAACUGGAGCGUGGUGGUUGAGUUGCCCUGGGAGCACAGAGGAAACGCACAACGACCAGCAGUCUACACAGAAGAAAUCCAAACAGAAACCUGAAGAGCCCAGCGCAGGAGUUUCUUCACCUGCAAAAGCCAAGAAAGAGAAAGUUUCAAAGAAAAGAAAUCAGAAACGGCUUGAAGUGUUGCCUGGUCAGCAGACGAGCAAGGCCGGAAAACGGAAAACAAAACAGAGCAAAAAAGGAAAUAAACGAGGAGACACGAUGAAAGAAACCAAUGAAGAAUUCAUGGCGGCUGUGCCAGAGCAGAGUGAGCAGCAGGAGGUCCCGGAUCACGACCCGGAUCAGGAGGAGUGUAGCCCUUUGAUGUUUACUCAGAGGGACCUCAGCCUUAACUCAGGAGGUAGGAUAUUUCAGAGAGUAUAUCAUCAUAACUCUAAUGAAAAACUGUCAGUCACGCCAGAAGCGCCAGUGUCUCAAAGACAACCUAAGGAGCAGCUUACAGAAGCAAAUCCAGCCAAACGGAGGAGGAGAGUACCGGGUAACUGGUGGGUGGCCAACAGCAUGGAUGCAGAUUUGGAGAACAGGUCCUCACAGCCUCAGCAACUUCAUCCCAAGGGGCCCAAACCUAAUAAAGAAAGGAAAAAACCAUCGAAACAGAGCAGAUCUCCCAGACUUGGUGUUCCCAAAAAUGGCAACGCGGCAGUCUUGUUAAAACCUCUAGGAGGAGCUCCAGUGCCUCCUUUGAAACCAAAGUCACUGCUGACUCCUAAGACUGUCAAACGCUCUCUGGCAACAUUUAAAGACAUUUUCACUUCAGUCACAGAGUCCCCGACUGUGGUCAGCAGCAGAGGCAGACGUCAGACUAACAGAUGUAAUGUCACGCCACGUCCUGAUGAGAAAAUCUGUGUAGCAUACAGUAACACUGAUACAGCUCACAGCAGCCCAGACAACCAAGAGGCCUCACAAGACAGCAGGUCACAAGUCUUCAGAAGUGGACCGUCCUCCAUGAUUGAGCUGGAAGACUAUGAGGACAAUGAUGGCAUAAUUUUACCAUCAACCAGAAGCCCAGCUCUGCUCUCUGCAUCAGAUUUUUGUGCUCCUCCCCUCAAGCCUCUAAUCUUACAGCGGAAGGAUAAGGCCAACCUGACUGAGUGGUUUAAGAGCCUCUGGCCGACUACAUCUGACAGUGAUCCUGGGGUCACUCCAGAGCAGUUUGACUGGUACUUUUAUCAAGACAGAGCUUUGGGCCUCCAGGUGGACCUGAGCUCUGACUCCUUCUGUAGUGGAAAGAUGCUGCUGGGAUCCCUCAUGAAGAUGCCUCUCCGGGUGGACCACAGUGCUACAACAGUUUUUAACUUACUAACAAGCUCAGUAAAUGUGAUAAUUGAUGGCUGUGAGUCGCGCUUCAGUCCUGGGACAUCUUUUGUGGUGGAGUAUGGACAUGCGUACAUCAUCCAAAACCUAACUGCACAACCUGCAGUUCUGUGUUUCACCAGAAUGUUUGCUGAUGCAUUGUGAAAAUGUAAACAGAAAAUUGGCUGUAAUUUUAAAUGCUUUUUUUUUUUUUGUUUUUUUUUGUUAAAGCUUUACUUCAGUGUAUAAAAAACAUGUAAAAUACUUAAAUA